AUGACGGUAGUCCAGACUUCGGAGUUCCAAUACUAUGCUGGUCUCGAUCCCUUCCAGCGUAGACUUCUCUACGAGCCAAUCGUUCUCGAGUAUGCAAUGAUUCAAAGUUGCAACCUGGCCCGAGAAGAACCAGAAAGCCACGCGACGGUCGACUUUGACAACCUGCAAUCCGACUUCGAAGCCUUUCGUGUGCUCGUAAAUAAUCUCGCCCAGGUCUGUGACAAUGAACGAGGCGGAAAUUCGGUCACCGCCAUGACAAUUCUCGAAGGGACGAAUGGGCCCGAAUUCGUGUUUGCAGCGAACAGGAAGGACGAAGAGGAGACUAGGGCAACCGCGAGAUUCGUAACGAACUUACUACAGUUGGCCGGGCAGAACCCCCAAAAUCUUAGCUCCGAUGCCCCCGAGAAGAGAGUACUCAGGAUGAUAUUAGCUUUCAACAUGCCCCGAAUUACCGAAUACAAAGACAAACUUGAUAAGGCUUUAGGCCUUUGUCUGGAAGAUCACGAACGGCGACAGUCCGAAGACGAGGCCUUGAAGAGUGAGCUUCAAAAGCUCAGAGAGAAAUGCAACUUCUCGGUCAACAACGUACGCGAGCAGGAGGAAAUCAAGUGCAAGUCUCCCUCCUUCUGUCGACCACUGAGAGAUUGUGAAAGGCUGAUCAACCUGAUCCAUAAUGCCCAGCUGGCGAUGACAGGGAUCAAGAAAGCCGUUAGAACGAAAGCCAGGGGCAGCGAGUUCCUCAGGUCUGGGCCGUGGUGCGAGCUAAAACAUUAUCUCGGCCGUUGGCAUUCCUACCGUCAAGCUGCGAACUUUAUUGUUUGUGCAGCAGCAGCCUGGCCGCUACUAUUUCAGGACUUCAAGAUCACCUCACUACCGUCUAGUACUCGCAUAUCCAAGCCCAUUGCACAGUCAGACCUGACAGCUGUUGCCAUUGUUCAACACAUGGAGGCUUUCGAGAAAAGGAUCUCCGCAGGAUGGGUCUGGAUAAGGCUAUCCAAAUUCAACUCUUGA